UGAGCGCGCCCGGGCGUCUCCGUAAAGAAGAGAAAGAAAAAAUAAAAGCGCUGAUCUCGGCGUGACAGCUCAGAGCUGUCCACGUCAACACACCGAGCGAGCGGAGCGACGGCAGCAGCAGCAGCAAUGGAUUCCACGUCUCCGGAACCGUCCCUCUACACAGUUAAAGCAGUUUUUAUUCUUGACAAUGAUGGCAACAGACUUUUGUCAAAGUACUAUGACCCAGAGCUUUACCCCUCCAUGAAGGAGCAGAAAACCUUUGAAAAGAAUGUUUUUAACAAGACACACAAAGCAGACAAUGAAAUAGCUUUUCUGGAAGGGAUGACCAUCGUGUACAAGAGCAGUAUAGAUCUUUUCUUCUACGUUGUGGGAAGUGCUCAGGAAAAUGAGCUCAUGCUGAUGUCAGUACUUAACUGCCUGUUUGACUCCCUCAGUCACAUCCUCAGGAAAAAUGUGGAGCGGAGGUGUUUAUUGGAAAACAUGGAAGGAGUGUUUCUUGUUGUGGAUGAAAUCAUUGAUGGGGGGGUGAUUCUGGAGAGUGAUCCACAGCAGGUCCUACAGAAGGUCAAUUACAGGGCGGAUGAGAACCCAUUAACUGAACAAAGCGUGGCUCAGAUUAUUCCAUUCUACACAGAAAAUGCCUUGUUUGCCUGCUGUUGCUUAUGACUACAACAGUCAUUUUAGUUGCCUACAAACAAAGUCCAGGUCACCCCUCAUUUAAAUUUUCGGUUUAACCACAUGUGAAGUAUACUUUUGAUAAGGACUUUAAUAUGGUUAGAUUAGAGAGCUUUAUCAUCCAUCUGAUCCAUCAUCUGAUGACAAAACCUCUCUGACAGAACAAGUCCUGUGGGGUCUCCUGUUCUCACAACAUACCAAAUUUUGAGGGAUCUUUAUCGUUUUAGGGUCAUACAGGUGUGAUCAAGGGUCUUGUAAAGUCAAUCCCUCAGUGGGUUUGAGAUGUUUUAGAGGCACUGGAAGGACAUAAAGGCAUUUAAUAAUGUCAACCACAAAAAAGCUAAUGCUCUAUACCUGACACACCACAAUGAAGGAAAGGAGGAUAGCUAUUAUUAUUAUUAUUACAAUUAUGUUUUGAGCUAUAACAGACAAUGUCUGACUUCAGAUAUUUCCAAAGUUUUAGUCACAUGGUAAAUGAACUGGUUCUUAUAUAGUGCUUUUCUACAACUUGCCUCAUUCACCCAUUCAUACAAGCAUUUUAAUGCUUUUUCUACUGAAGUGCUUUAUAUCUGACAUUCACACACAUUCAUGUGCCGAUGGAUGCAUCGGAGAGCAACUUGCGGUUAGUUUUUUGCCCAAGGAUAUUUGGCAUGCACGUUUAUUAUUUAUGUCACGCAUUAUUAUUAUUUCAUGUCCACUCGUGUUUUCCACCAUUUAGUCAAAUUAAAAUAAUUUUUGAAAAGAUUAUAUCCUAUGAACGUUCAUCCCUUGGUUUACAUUCUCAUCUCAUUUCCAUUAGUUUUUAAUUAUGCUGCCUGUGCAUGAUGAUAUAAAUUUGACAGCUUGUAGGUCUUGACCAAUGCAAUGCUACUGACUAAACACAUACAGUAUCCCGUGCCUCGGUACCUCGAGACUAUGAAGUUUAUUGUUUCAUAUUACCCAGAACUAACGUUUUUACGUGAUCAACACAAUAGACACGCUGCACAUGAGGCUGACUUUAUACACCAUACUGAAUCAAGGGCCUUUAAAAUUGAUCUUAGUGCGCCACCUGCUGGGCAGUGUGACGAACGCACUGCUGUAAUUUAACCUCUUCUAAGGACUGAAAACAGUUCAAAGAUAAACCAGUAAAGAACAAGCUAUUGAAACAUAUAGAUUUUGAAAACAUAAACCCACUGUAUUUAUUUAGUGGCAGUAGAACGAAGAUGCACUUUGUAUUAUGAUUUUGUUGCGCUUUAACAUGGUGGCAAGACAUCACAUGGUUGUGAGUAUAAGCUCAGCCUGCCCUCUAGUGUUUAAACAGACGUACUGUAGCACCAUGCUUUACUGUGCAGAAGUUUACAGUUAUGUAAAGCAUUAGAACCACUCUACCGUUUACUAAACAGACUUGUAUUCUACGGUAAGACACUUUUUUAAAAUUUAUAUUGUAAUGUAAAGGGUAAUACUGGAGUGUUUUAAGGUUUCAAAAACUGCUGUUCAGUCAGUCAUUAUAUACUGCAUGAAACACACAAAGCACCCUGCAGCCUGAGUGCUGUGACACAUAUAUGAGAGCAAUAGAAUGAGCAGUGUUAUAACUAAGUCACUAUAGUCUAAACCCCAGUCUUUUCCUAAAACGAACUAUUUCUGAUGCCUAAACCAAGCCUAUCAGAAGUUAGAAUAAACACAUUAACGAUAUAUGUGCAUAAAAAGGCUGCAUUUUCUGUUGGUUUACAAAGCAGUUGUCAUUCAUGUUUUGUUAUUAUAUAAUUUCUUUUUUUUUUUUUUUAC